GUCUCGAUAUUUGUCCAGAAAGAGAGGACAAAACAUGAUUGUCACUCUUAUAUUAGUCUAAUGUGCUAUGUACUAUGGGAUUAUCGUCACUUCUUUGGACGGCUGAGUAUUCAGCAACCAGAAGAAAGGUGAGCUCAGCUUCAUAUUUCAUUACCUCUUUUCUAUCGAUGCUAAUAGUUUAACCUUGUAAGCUGACUAGCAUUUGUGAAAACUGCUCGAACCCAUUGCAGGUUAAGCUGGAAAAAUGUAAAAGAUGUCUUCUUCAGCACGGCGCCGCGAGACAAUUGCAGAAUGUCUCUCCGAUCUUCAAUCAGACUCCGUUGACUCCCAGCUGAAAUCCCUCCAAACCUUAGCUUCAAUCACCAAGGUUAGUCCCCAUAACAGGAACUUAAUCGCACAAACAGACGGUGCCAUUUCCACCCUUCUCACCCUCACAAAAUCCCCAGUUCCCAUGAUUCAACCUCUCUCAUUAUCCAUCCUUUUCAACCUCUCCCUGAAUCCCGAUCUAAAGCCGCUUAUGACAGAGAUGGAAACGAUUCACCACCUCAACUCCUUAAUCCUCCACACAACCACCUCUCCUGAAUCCACCAGGCUAGCUUGCUCCCUCAUUUGCAGCUUGGCGAUCCUGGACAAGAACAAAGCCAAGUUCGGAGUAGCAGGCACAAUCCAAGUACUGGUCAAGUCCAUUUCAGGUCCGCAAACUCCAACAACCCACCAUCUCCUCAGUUGCUUGGCCGAGCUCGUCCAGUUUCACGGCAACUGCACGUUGGCCCUGCGCUCUGGUGCUGUGAAUCUCCUGGUGGGAAUCGUUGAGAGCGGUGCUGACUACGGUGAAGAUCUUGCAGGGACGUCACUGGGCAUCCUGAGCCUGCUUGCUAGGUUCGAAGAAGGGCUGAAUGCGUUGAUUGGGAGUGAUGAAGUGGUGAGAUUUCUCGUGGAUGUGUUGCAAGGAAGCUGCAUGUUGAGCAAGGAAGGUGCGGUGGAGAUCCUCGUGCGGGUUUUCGACGAGGAUGAGGAGCAUCUUAGGGAUGCUUCUGAGCUGCCGGUGAUGGUGAGCCUGCUGGCUGAUUUGUCGGUGAGGGGAUCGUCCAAGGCCAGGGAGAAAGCUGGUCUGUUGAUGAAGAAGAUGAUGGAGGCUAACUUUGCCCCCCUCUUGUGAUGGAUUCUGUUACUAUGCAGAGCCAUGGGAGGCUGACUGACAGCGUUGGAUUGCCCUACGCAUGCUAUGUGGAUCGUUGGAUGUGUGAUCCGACGUUGUUAGCUAGUGCAGAGGCUUCCCUGUUUUGCCACGAUUUGAUCAUAAGGUUCGAUUUUUCUUCUGCCCUUUCUAAUGUCGUGUGUUAUUUCUGGGAAUAUGGCGCUUGCCGAAGUGUAAGAAAUGAGUGCAAAUUAGUUACUAUUUCAUUGGGGGAUGGCAUCGAUCUGUUGAAUAACGUGUAUGUUUGGUGAAUAAAUGUUUUGUUGUCCUCUAAGACAAUACAUAAUCAAAUAGCCAAAUUACAAUAAACGUAACCAAGUACUUAAACAGAAACUAACAAACCUCCUUGGAAAGUAUAAAUGCAAUGUCUUUCUUUUCAUGAGCAACAUUCGUUCUCACAAAAACUCACCUUGUACCCCUUCCCCCGAUGUUAUCUUCGGUAGUGUUUUUAUCUCAAUAAGUACAACUCCUUCAUUCACUUCCCAAACUUCGCCCGCACAGAACUUGACAGUAAAAACUGAACAUUCCCGAAAUUGGAUUUCUGAUAAGCUCAUAUUUUAAUUUGACACGAUGAAAUCACAUCAUGAAAAAUCACAAGUUCAAUUUUAAGGGCAUAUAUCCAUACCAAGAAAACAACGGACACCAGCUGCCACAACCGCACUCAAAGCAUCGUAUAUCACUGCUCCCAUAGCCCCAUGCGAUACCUGAGCUGUGGCUGGAUCAAAAUAAGCCAUCAGGCAAAUUCAGAGGAUGAACAACAAUUGAAAUACAUGUCAGGCUCUAUUGGGCAUAAAAUUGGAGUUUUCUUUUAUGAGCAAGUACUCUUGCACAACACAAGAACAAAAGACAUGCAUAUAUCGUUGUGUUCUGUGUGAUUUAUUCUUCUGUCUUAUCAAUUUGUUUAGUGGAUGAGUACAAACUCAGACAGAGUGGUACAUGGUACCGCAUUUCAGUAAUAAUCUGAUGGACUGAUUCAAUUUCUCCAAUCACAGCUAACAAUCAUAUAUGUCUGCACUUCAAGUUUCAAUCAUGUUUUGUGUUUCUGAGUUUUGACAAACUCAAGAAAGAAUCCUUUGGGACAAAGCAUUGGGCAGUGCUAUACCACCUUUGGACAUUUACUAUAGACAGCUAUAGCCUUGUUCGAAAAUGAUUACUACUAUGUAGUCCAAGGAAAAUGAUAUAUCGAAAAAAAGUUAGGAUUCAUCUAGCCAUUUGCAAGUAUCAUGGAUGGGUUCUAGAUUAGAAAUAAAAAUGUUAGUUUCAUAGGUUUUGUAUUUAAUGAUUGGUUAUACAACUACGGUCUAUGAAAUUUUUUGAAUUAAUGGGUUGAUUUUUAUUUUUAUGACUAAAGAAAUGAUGUAAAAACCAUUCUUUGAUCUCGUUUGGGAAAGGAAGAAAAAAAAUGUAUUUUGAGAUAGUUAUGACUAUUUAACUAGAUCGUUUGCCUGUGUUUAGCUAGAAGUCACAUAUCAUGAUUAAUUAUUGAAAUUGGAAUAACAUAAUAAAACUUUGUUUCUUUCUUUGACCUUAUCAAAUCCAUAAGAUUUUGCUAACAAUAUGAAGUGUGAGCUUGCAGAUAUGAAUUGCCAUAACAUGGAAUGGGAAAAAAUUCACUUUUUUUUUCCUUUCCUUUGUGCGUGUACUAUGUUCGUGUUUUACCUUUGUUUUAAUUAAUAAAAGGCUAUCACCAUUAUAAAAAAAAUCAAUUCAUUUUUUUUCUGUAGAUGUGAGAGCCAAUAUAGAAGAUCAGUAACCCAGUGGCCCAAACAUAUUGGCAAGAGCUAGGGUUGUUACAUAAUUAGAGGCCACUUCAUUCACUCAUUCAUUCAUUCAUUCAAGUCAUUGUUCAGAAAAUCCUCAGCAAGGUGAGAGUCCUCCACUAAGAAUUUCAGCACAUUUUGUGAUAAAUUUAAUAUCAACAUCAUCAUCAUGAUAUGUGCAGAGCCAGUAGCUAGGGACAGGGAAAUGGGGGAAUCUUGUGUUUGUGGAGGACAUGUGGAAUGCAGUAGUCAGGAUUUUUAAAAUCCUGCGAAAUUCCCGACAGUCACCAUGAUUUCACUCCAACACCCCUUUUUCUAGGUCCUAAGUUUCACCACUAUUCAUCAUGGCCUGCAUAGAAAAUAGGUGAACCAGAAAACAAAAUUAAAAAGAGAAAAUUUUAUCAUCGUAUUGGUGUAGGCUGAUGUUGUUGAAUUAUGCAAUUCGAUUCAACUAUCGAAUUUUUCAACAUUCAUACAUACACAUUAUCAUCUCAAACUAAAUGUUGAAGGAGAAUAGGCGAUUAAUUAUAUUCCGUCAUCAACUACUUGUACGUAGUACCUGCUAAUACAUUGCGUUCAAUGACUGCGAUUCAAGAGUGCUAAUCCGAACAAUUUUUUGCCCCAUCGACAUGCUAUCUAGACUGCACCUUAGUUUCCUAGUUUAAUUAACCCUUUAACCAUGCCAACCAACGUAGGCAUAGAUAAUUUAUUCUAUGCAAGAUUCCGAUUUUCGGUAAAGAUUAGGCCAAAUGAUGUUAAUAAUGGCGAUUUCUUUUCAUAAAACAAGAUCAACAUCAUGAUGAUAAUUAAGACCAAUAUCGAGACACUAAAGAAAUGAGUGGAUGGCAUCAGCAUAUCUUUUCUCAGUAAUUUUGAAUGGCAAGUUGGCAACGAAAGAUGACUUUGUAGAAGCAAGUCUAAGAGCUUUAUGAUUAUUCCAAUGGUGAAACCCACUUUCAUGACUCACUUUCUAUUAUGAUCGCCAAAUCCAUGACACAAAUAUUUUUUGCACUAGUAACUACGAUUCCCCCACCCAUUAUUAAUAUCAAAGGAGGAGGAGGAGUGAAGUGGGCUCUCCACAAGAGUUGACCAACCUCUUAUUUUGUUACUAUAUGUUAUUCCUUCCUUUAGCAAUCGAGUUUGUCAACGAAGAGCACAUAAGGGUUGUUAAUGUUCCAUUUAUUUGUGAUUGAAUCACAUAUCAUAUCAAUUCUCAGUUGCUAUAAUCAUCGUAGUCUCACUCAAACUUAUAGUCGCAAUCAAUCAUUAAACAUCUCGGGCUAAGCGUACUCUCUAUUUAAAUUGGCCAUACAUCUUCGAUCGCGAUAUCAAUGUUCUUCUUUAGUUUUCUUUUUAGCUAGUUUGAUUACUCGAUUACCCUUUUCACGUAAUGCAUGAAUGUAACCGUGGUAAUUUUGGUAACCCAGAAAUUUCUAGGGUGGAACAUUUUGGCUUGUAAACUAUGCGUGGUAAAGAUCAUCAUCAUACCGUUACAAUCUUUUGUCCCAAUAAUAACAUGCAAAGAUGAACAAGUUAGCUUUUAGAUGCAAACUUGAACAUAUUAUCCCACUGUGGUAUGUGUGCAACAAUAACACACCCUAUUGGUAAUUGGUCACAUAUAAAGGAGCCUAACGCCCUUACCCAUGUCCAGCUUGUUGGUGCAUGUCUUGCAAUUAGAGCGCAAAUGAGCCACAUCGAGUUGAGUUUGGUCCAGUUAGACUUGACUUGUUUGUUGAAAUCUCGACUCGUGUUUGACUCAUCAACGAGCUCACAAAAUUUACUCGAACUCAACUCAUCUAUCAACUUGCGAGCAUGUCUUGAGCUUAUAUAUAAGUUUAUUUAGUUCAUAAAUUUUGACGGUUAUUAUCUAGUUAUUUAAUAGUAAUAGUAUCUAAAUAAUUUACCAUACAUAAUUUUCCUUUUAAAUUAUAAAUGAGACAUAUUUACUUAUGUACUCAAAGUCUUAAACAACAUAUGUGGUGGGAUAAUCUAAAAAACUUAUAAAUUAUCAACAAGCCAACGCAUAAGCUAUAGAUGGAUUCGCUCAUAAGUUGAUGGUCAAGUAGGUUUGCUAGUUACAGCAGUGCGAGUCAACUCAUUUUCAAAACGAGAUAGCUCAUGACUUGAACUUAACAAGAUACCAAAUCAAACUGGCUUGGAAGUCUUAUAAACUGAACAAGGUACAACUCAAAUUCGUCUCAUUAAUUAACGAGUCGGGUAUCAAACGAAUUUCUCCUAAAUCAAAUCUAGAACCAAUCGUGAACAGUUUCGCUCAUUUGUAACACUGCAUGCAAUCAGGCUCCGAAUCAAAUGCAGCUUCCUAAAAUCAUCCAAAUCAAUUCAUAAGCAGCUUGUCCUCGAAGCCAUAAAAGAGUUGGGAACUGCCGAUUUUCUUAUUAACUUGUAACGAACGAAAUUGGAAAUCAGUGAGUCCUCACCACUUUUCCAUUAACUAAAAAUGUAAUAUGCUAUAAAUGAUCUAAUUGUGUUCAUAUUUCAAGUUCACACUUUCCUCAACCUUAAAAGUGCAGAAUCAAUACCCUUUUAUCUUUCUCCUCCCUUGAAAAGUUUGUCUUAGCAAUUUCUGGACAAGGAAAUUAGAAGAAACAGUGCCAAAGAGUUGUGUAAACAAGUAUUUUUAAUAUUGCUAUCCAAAAAAUAUCAAUAAACCACAUGAAUAUGUCUGUUCAUGUACUGUAUAGUUUUAUUAAUUGUAAAACCCGUCCCAAUUAGUUACCAGAAAAUAUUCGUGCAUGUUAUAACAAAAUAUUUUACAUAUAACUGUAAGUAUGGGGUUUAGCUGAAGAUAGAGCUGCAAAUGAGUCAAAUCGAGUCGAGUUUUACCCCAACUUGAGCUCGACUCGUUAACAAACGAGUUGAGCUCGAGCUCGAUUCGUUUAGUAACGAGUCGAGUUGAGUUCGAGCUAGCUUGUUGAAUAAAAUCUUGACUCGCUCGUAAGUCGUUAAUCGAGUUGGCUCUCUAGCCACAAUGUUGAAAGUUGAGACAUCUCAUAAGCUCUAAACGAGCCAGCUCACGAGCUGAGCUCAACAAGCCACCGAGUCAAGCUAGCUCGCGAGUUCCGCGAGCUGUAGAAUGAUUAGCUCAAGCUCGGCUCAUUAGUUAACGAGUCGAGUUUUGAACGAGUUUUUCUCGAGUCGAAAACCGAGCCGCUCGCUAGCAACUCAACUCAUUUGCAUGCAGCUCUAACGAAAUAACACUAAUAAAGGAGAAUAUUGCUGAUAAUGUUUUUUUUUUUGUAUACUCUGAUUAUUUAAUUAAUCUCAGAAGUCAAAUUAUUUAUUUUCAAUAAUAUUUUUUAUAUAUAAAUAUUAUGCUUCGAAAACAAAUUUAAGUGGGAGACUGGGAGAUCUAGCAUUCUAGCUGUCGUCAGCCUGCGGACGUAGCAAUGGGUGCCGUAACUCCCGUUGUCCACUGAAACAUUUUACGGUAUCAUCGCUGGAAUCCAUCAUUUCACAAGAUAUAUACAGGAGUGAGUUUUGGAGAUGAUUAGGGUUUGUUUGGUAUCAAAACAAUUUGGCCGAUUCUUAUUUUAUAAAAAGUAAGUGAAUUCGAAUUAGUGAAUUACCUGUCUCUCUCUCAAACAAUUAAAAUUAAUUUAAAAUGGUAGAAUUCAAAAUAACCUAGAAUGAAUUAAUCCAAUUAAAAUUUAUACUGACAAACGGAUUGAUUUGGUCUCAUUGUCACCUCGUUACAUUCCUUUUCCAAAUGACUUUGAAAGUAUUUGUCCAAUUUUAUGUUCGUCUGUUUAUCUGGUCGAAUAUCUAUCUAAUUCAAUGAGUGUGCAAUGGUCCAUGAAACUGUACUGUACCGGCGGUUCAGCCACAAAAUAUCAGCAUUGAAGGCUAAACCGGUAGAUAGUAUUUAAUGAUACUAACGAUUGUACUACGAUAAAAUCACAGUUUUGUCAUUAAAAUUCUCUACCGCUGACCUUUUCGGUAUGCACCAUGCAACACUACCAUUGCAGCGUAUGUCUUUCAUGUAGUUAAGGAUUUGAGUGUUCAAUGAUAUGUAUGCUUGCAUGCUAAUUAUUCCUUUUCCUCAGUAGGAUUAGCACAAAAUUGGCUGUAAUUAAUUGAUCACUGGCAUGCAUGAUGCACACAUAUGUGAAUAGAGACAGAAGAAAGACAAUUCUUUUAGGGAUUAAAAUGAAAGAAAGAGAGAAGAUAAUGAUCAUGUGACAACGUUUGUCAAGAGUUGAUAGGAAAGUGUUUACAAAAGAAUGAACAAAGAAAGGGAUAAUCAUUGAAACUGUUUCCCCUCCUGGAUUUAGGACUAGACAUCUUGCCCAAUUCCUCGUUUAGCUGUUCAUCACUUUAUGUGAAGGAAAAUCCCCCCAUCCCAGACUUAUUAUGGACUCUUGGAUUCAAAGGUUUUAAUUAGACAAACCAUAUGGUGACACAUUGGAUCUAGUGUCAAAACUCAAUGAAGAUAAGAUUUAAAUUUAUGGUAAUAACUGGUCUACUAUAUCCCAUGUAAUAUGAUCGUUGGAUCUUCUUUUUUGAAUUCCGUCCAAUUAAUAUUUUUUUAUUAAAUUGAACUUCUGGUUUGAGUUUAAAUCGGGGGCUAGGGUUUAUCCAUUAGACAUUAGAGUAUAGUAUCAUAUCCCAAAUUCUAUUUAAUUCAUGGUCUAGAUAGAGAUAUCUCGCCAAAAAUGCAUGGAAUAUAGUAUACUUCAGAAUAACACUAGUCUAACCCAUAAAUUUCUAAUAUCUGAAUUGAAAAUAACUUACUUUAUCAUUCCAACCGUUCUUAGUUGGCAACCAGUUUAUAAGUUUAGUACAAUUUUUUUGUUAUAAUUUAUUUUGAGUAUUAACAUGGUCAAAAUAUUAUAGUUUUAGCAGUUAAAGUCGUGGAUUCUUCAGAGAGAUGUCACAUACUCACAGGUCCAAAUUCACUUUUUUUACAUAUUGUUUGGUAUAAAUAAAUUACGUAAGUUUUGAGGAAUUAAUUUUGAAAUGAAACUUUUUUGUGUUUGAAUUGAGACUAGCUUUAGCGAUUCCGAGGAAUCGAGGUGGAAUUUCCAAAUGAAUUUCGCAAUUAUCU